CCAAAGUCCACCUGCACACACACAGAGGAAAUGCAGGAGGGAAGUGCCUGCAGUAGAGAGCAGGUUAUUCAGCACAGGACACGUUGAGCCGCACAGCCUCUCCCAUCUUUGUAAAAUAACUAUCAUUGUAGCAGUAUGAGUGAAUGGAGUCUGGAGAGGAAAUAUGACAUUAUGAGAAAUAUCAAAUGACAUCAGAUCUCUGCACCCCUGACAGCAACAUUAGCACAGAAUGACAGCAUGUCUUUUACGUAAAAGUUCAGGGAGGUGGAGUAAUGGAUGGUGCUCCUCAGUGAAAAAGACUCUUUCAUCGAAUCAUGCGCUGAAGCAGCUGGUCCCUGUCCUCUGCCUGGUGGUCGUCGUCAUUUAUGGAUUGGCUGACAAACUCAGAAACUUUGUGGCCGGCAUCUUCUUCCCCCAGUAUCACUACCCGUAUGCAGUGGCUCUCUGCUUUGCACAGGUUCUGGUCUCUCUCUUUGUCCUAAAUCUCUUCCAUGUUCUGAAUCUAGUCCCCCUGAAGCGUCACUCCAGGUCCCUGGGCGAGAAGGUCCUGGUGCCUUCAAUCUGCAGCAGCACCUAUGCUGUGCUGGCGACAUGGGCUAAAGCGAGCAGCACAUACAACAGCCUCUUCCCCAUCACUCUGCCUCUGCUGCCCAUAGUAACUAUUGGCUUUAGUUUCUGCCUGAAGCUGCUUCCUCCUCCACCUCUCCACUUCUUUGUUCUGAGUUCCCUCCUGUGUGGGACAUCAUUUGUCAUCACAGCUUCACAGGGUGUGGCAAGUGUCACACCACUGGAGUACAUGUACGCACCUCUUGCUCUACUCCUCCACAGUCUCUCGCUCACUUGGUUGGCUAAAGUGUCCGAAACUGAGCGCCGCCUCCCUCCUGAUUCCCAAGCAUCCGUUUUUGACAUCUACUACACCCAGCUGGUGAACCAGAGCUGGGUGCUGGGCCUCCUUUGGCUGCUGCACCCUGACAGCCCCUGGCAUGUGCUGAGUAAGAGCAGCUGGCACAGUCUGCUCUUCCAUGGAUAUCUGCUCGCUGUUCUCCUGUUGGGAAUGGUGCUGAACUUUCUGGUGGGUGUAUCGGCUCUGUGCGUGUCACCGCUCGCUGCUGCUCUGCUACACUCAGCGAGGCAGGUGGUACAGCCAUACCUGCAGCUUUUGUAGUGUCACUUUGAAGGACUAAGAAAAACAUUCCCUGUUUUUUUUACUGUAUUCAUGCAACAUAUACUUUAUUCCUUUUAGUUUAAAUUCUUGUUAACAUGACCUGUGCUGCUGGAGCCCCUCCCUUUCCAUAAUCUUGCCAACAGAGAGGCAAACAUAGCAGUAACUUUAACUAUGAUAAUAUAUUGAUAAUUAUAAGAAGUUUAUGAGUCCAGAAGUCCAAAGGCCACUUCUGACUUACUUUAUUAUCCUUUAUUCUAGACUCUGGAUUCUUUCACUUUGGAGGCACUCUUUACUAACUUUGUCUUUGACUGAACUUUGACAGAUUUUGAAUGCAAGACUGUUUCUUGCCGCACAUUAUUCUCACACUGUGUUAUUUCUGCUUGUAGGUAACACAAAUAUCUGAGUACUUAUUUUAUCACUGAUGAAGAUGUGUGGGUUAUCUGCACUGAACAAAAACUGUGAAGCCCACUUCAUCACUUUUUCUUAACUACUUUGAAAAUGUGAGCUCUGAUCCUUGCCUGAAUUAAUUUUCAACCGUAGGUUGAAGAAGCUGCCCUUGAAUGACUCUGACUGCCAAAGUCAGAUGAGAAGGGGUUCCAAUGAGGACAAAGGUUAACAGUGUUGAUACUAUUCUGUAAGUUAUUGUCAGAAUCUAAGUUAUGCUUUAAUUUAAGAACACGUUAUUGUUAUUUAAUUACCUCACUUCAUGUUUCUAAGUGUAAUUCAUCUAAAGAUAGAAGUUCACAUUUUAUUUCCUCACCUGCUCAAACACGUUAAAAUAUGACAAACUAGCUAAUGAUGGUGCAAAGGGGAAACUAUGUUUUAAAUAAACUAGAAGUGAACUGAAAUAUAUUGCAAAAAUAUUUAUUCUUUUUCAAACAUCUGAUGCAAGUGCAGUCAAAUCCCCAAAGACACAAAAAGCAGAAUGUAUAAAACUCCUGUUAUAACUUGCAGUUGAAUUUUUCUGUAACGUUAAUCAAACAUGAGGCUCGAUGAGGGAUGCAUCUUGUUUUGUUAGGUGUUCUGGCAUGGUUUGCAGGAUUAAGGACCAUGAAAACAAAAAGGGAUUCAUGACCACAAAUACAUCAAAAUCCACAGUAUUAACACUGAAACCUAAAGGUUAACAUUUUAACACUGCCAUACAUUUGCCCUGUAAUCUACUGUGAAAAAAAUCUGGUAAAUUCUUGUACAUAA